AUGGCUUCUAUGAUAUCUUUGCUGGUGUUCCUCGUAUUAUGCAGUAGUUGCUUGCUAUCUCAUCAUGCAGCGCAGGUGACCGGCUCAAGCAGGCAUCGCCACAAGUGGAUUGGGCCCAUCGGACACCGCGUAAUCACCGUUGACGUCAAUGGUUCCGGCGAGUUCCGGUCGGUCCAAGCCGCCGUUGAUGCAGUAGAAGAGAACAACAGACUCAACGUCACCAUUCUAAUCAGCCCCGGAAUCUACAUAGAGAAGGUGGUGGUGCCGGCGACGAAGCGGUACAUAACGUUUCAAGGCGGAGGAAGAGACGUGACAACGAUUGAGUGGCAUGACAGAGCCAGUGAUCCUGGUCCGAAUGGCCAGCAGCUGCGUACUUACAGAACCGCUUCUGUUACCGUUUUCGCCAACUAUUUCUCUGCCAGAAAUAUCAGCUUCAAGAAUACAGCACCGGCACCACAGCCAGGGAUGCAAGGAUGGCAAGCGGUGGCGUUUAGGAUAUCAGGGGACAAGGCCUACUUCGGUGGUUGCGGUUUCUACGGAGCCCAAGACACUCUCUGCGACGACGCCGGCCGCCAUUACUUCAAGGAUUGCUAUAUUGAAGGAUCCAUUGACUUCAUCUUUGGCAAUGCCCGUUCCAUGUACAAAGACUGCGAGCUGCACUCAAUAGCGAGCAAGUUCGGAUCAAUAGCAGCUCAGUACAGGAACUCUCCCAAUGAGAAAACGGGCUUCGCCUUCGUCAACUGCAGGGUCACGGGUACAGGUCCACUUUAUGUGGGUCGGGCCAUGGGUCAACACGCGAGGAUUGUCUACUCCAUCACUUACUUUGAUGACAUUGUGGCCCACGGUGCCUGGGAUGAUGGGGAUCGCAUUCGCAACAACUUCAACUCAAGCAAGAACAAGACUGUGCUUUUGGGAGUGUACAAGUGCUGGGGCCCAGGGAUGGGAUCACUGCGUGGUCUUUCAUGGGCUCCAGAGCUGGAUUUCGAUACGGCCCAUCGAUUUCUGGUCAAGAGUUUUGUCAAUGGCAGACACUGGAUUGCUCCCUCUGAUGCUUAGCAAUAUAGCCAAAUUCUUUCAUUCAUAAGUACAUAUAUAUAUAUAUACACACACACACACAUAUAUUAUUUAAAAAAAAAAGUCAAAUACGACAUCUUUCCUUUUUCUUCACUAAUUCGUUUAUUCAACUGUAACAAAGCGUUUCUGAUGUUUGCUUCACCUAUCUAAUAAU